CGCGACUGACAUAUCUUUCUCACCCCGCCUUUUCCUUUUCUUAAUUUAUACAAAAAGAAAUAAAUAAGAACAAAUAUAUAAUGCAUCAAUGACUCUGUCUUCCUCUGCCUUUGCCAGCGCAACACUAUCUCAAUCCAAGUAUCUUUCAUCCUCCUCCUCCUCCAAUUUUCCCUCUCUUUUUCUUCUCUGCUCAACCAAACCCAUCUUGCAUUAUUCUUAUUCCCUCUAAAUUAACCCAUUUCCCCCUCUAAUUUUAAUACCCCACCACUACUCCCCCCUCCCCCUGCAGUUCUGAAUCAGAUCCUUUUUAACCCCACUCCAUUUUUGCUUGCCGGUUAGUUGAGCCAAAUGACUCGGCUUUUUCGAUCCAAAUCUUGCGGAGUCGUGGGUCGCACCCAGCUCAACCCACCCACACCGAGUCCGGUUUUUCAGGAUGUGAAAAGGGACGACGACGAGGAGAUGGAGGAACAAGAAGAGGAGGAGGAGGACGACGACGACGAGGAAUUGGAAAGUGAAGACGAUGAAUCGAGUAACCCUGUCUCGACGCCGUUCAUAAACCCUAGCUCGAAAUCCGGCGGAGCGGAAAGUCAAGCUCGCCAGAAUCAGAAUCAGUUUGCGAUAUUGGAUGUGCUGAUGGCGGUGCUGAGGAAAUCGCUGGUCACUUGUAGUGUCGAGAGAGAGGAUGUUUCUUCCUUGGACAUAAGCUGGCCAACGGAGGUCCGCCAUGUAUCUCACGUUACCUUUGAUAGGUUCAAUGGGUUUCUGGGUUUGCCUACAGAGCUCGAGCCGGAGGUCCCCAGGAGGGUGCCUAGUGCCAGUGUGAGGGCAUUUGGGGUUUCUGCAAAGUCGAUGCAGUGCUCUUAUGAUUAUAGGGGAAACUGUGUCCCCACAAUUCUUCUGACGAUGCAAAAGCGAUUGUAUUCAGAGGGAGGCCUUAAAGCAGAAGGAAUAUUCCGAAUCAAUCCAGAAAACAGCCAGGAGGAGUUUGUUCGCAGUCAGCUAAACAGGGGUGUAGUGCCUCAUGGAAUUGAAGUUCAUUGUUUAUCUGGUUUGAUAAAGGCUUGGUUUAGAGAACUUCCAACAGGAGUGCUUGAUUCUCUCACCCCGGAACAGGUGAUGCGCUGCAACACAGAAGAUGACUGUACUAAACUAGAGGAGUUGCUUCCUCCAACAGAAGCUGCACUGCUUGACUGGGCCAUCAAUCUGAUGGCAGAUGUUGUGGAGCAUGAACAGUACAACAAGAUGAAUGCUCGAAAUAUUGCUAUGGUUUUUGCACCCAAUAUGACCCAGAUGGCUGAUCCUUUGACUGCACUAAUUCACGCCGUGCAAGUAAUGAAUUUUCUCAAAACUCUGAUUCUGAAGACCCUUCGAGAAAGAGAGGAAUCCGCUGCUAAUGAGAGGAUGAUUUCUUCGUGCUUGGAUCCUCCCUCCUGCAAAGACGAUCCUGUUCCUCUAGAUUUCAAAAGCAAGGAAUUAGAGGAGCAAACUGAAGAUGUUAAUGCCAAGAAAUCACCACCUAGAAGAGAGUUGUUGAGUGUUGAGGAGAAACUUGGGAUCCCUGAGGAGAAGGGAAAUAAUGCAGAUGACGGGGAAUUUGUAUCUGUUUCAGGCGGCAGCACGCCUUGUAGAUACGAGAGUGGCGGCACUAUAGAAAAUAGGUAUAGAAGUAAAUAUGAUAGUGAACAUUGGCUAAGAUUGAGAAAGGGUGUACGCAAGCUAUGCAGGCACCCAGUAUUUCAACUGACCAAGUUCAAGAAGUCUGCAAGUGUUGGCAUUGUAAAUACUAGGGGAAGAGGUGGAGAGGCUUGGGCUUAGAACUAUUGUAAAAUGCGCUGUUUUUUUCUUCUUUUUUUGUUUGUUUGUGUGAUUUGAUAUAUACAGAUGAUUGUGUGAGAUUGCGUUCUAUAGUUUAGCAUAGCUUCAGUUGUAACUUGUGCUUUGGCUUUUCUAGUGGAUAUAAUUUGCUGGAGAUGUUGAGACGGCACUCUUGGAAGCUGUGUAUCUAAUGACUAGCCUAGAAAAUGUUUAGUUUCUGACACAAUAAAAUUAGAACUUUAUCGCCCCAAUGUUUUAGGUUA